AUGAAACCACCUCAAUUUCAUGGUGCUAAGACUGAUGAUGCUUACGAGUUUUUGACCCUGAAUCGAGAGAUGUUGGCGGUGGUACGUAUGUUUUAUGAGAGGGGCGUCCGAUUUGUGUCCCUUCCGUUACGCGGUGACGCUAGGGAGUGGUUGAGGACCUUCAUGAGUUCGAGACCAGCGGGAUCUCCUCCCAUGGAGUGGAGUGAGUUUGCUAGUGCCUUCGAGGGUCGUUUCAUCCCUUGGAGUGUACAGGAUGAGAGUCGUAUGAGGUUUGAGAGUUUGGUGCAGGGUAGCAUGUCAGUUACAGAUUACGAAGCUCGGUUCUGUCAGUUGUCCAGACAUGCCUCUGUUUGGAUUUUGGGUGAGCCUGAGCGGAUUCGCAGAUUUGUCAGGGGUUUGACUCCCACUAUCCGUAGUUAUGUGUUCAGAUCAUCUCGAGAGGGUGCUUCUUUCCAGACUAUAGUGAGUGCAGCCAGAGAGGCUGAGUUGCUUGAGCGGGAUGAUUUUGGUGGGCCCAAGAGGGUCCGUACAUGUGGUCAGUAUUCGGCUAUUAAGGGUGGGCCAGUAGCCCGGGGUCCUCCAUGUUCGGGUCGAAGUGGUUAUAGCAUUACUUCGGUUUCUUCACAGUCAAGAUCCACACCGAGGUCUUGUUAUGGUUGCGGUGAUCCAGGCCACUUAGUUCAUCAGUGUCCACAUCAGACUCAGUCUGGACCACACCGUACUGUCUCCGCGGUCCCAGAGAGAGAUUCAGCACCUCCGGCUAGAGGUUGGGGUCGGGGACAGGCAUCUGGUAGAGGCGGACGAGCUUCGAGUAGAGGUGCUAGUGGCGCCUCAGGUUCACAGAGUGGGGGCAGAGGUGCCCAGUGUUAUGCUUUUCCUGGGAGGCCCGAGGUUGAGGCUUCUGAUGUAGUUAUCAUAGGUAUCGUCUCAGUUUGUCAUCGGCCUGCUUCUGUGUUAUUUGAUCCUGGUUCUACAUUCUCAUAUGUGUUUACAUAUUUUGCUUCCGGCCUUGAGUUGACUUGUGAUCGUAUGUUUGUGCCUAUUAGAGUCUCUACACCCAGUGGAGUGGAGUGGAGAGGGACUAGUGGUUCGUAUCCCAACAGGGUCAUAUCUCAUAUUCGGGCUCAGAGGAUGAUUGACCAGGGUUGUUCAUCUUAUUUGGCCUUCAUUCGGGAUGUUGGAGCUGAGUCACCGGCCAUGGAGUCUAUUCUGGUGGUUCAGGAGUUCCCUGAUGUGUUUCCCGAGGAUCUACCUGGUGUUCCUCCUGUUCGUGAUAUUGACUUCUCUAUUGACUUGGAGCCGGGCACCAAGCCCAUAUCUAUUCCACCUUAUCGUAUGGCUCCAGCUGAGUUGAAGGAGUUGAAGGAUCAGAUUCAGGACUCAUUGAGUAAAGGAUUCAUACGCCCUAGUGUGUCGCCUUGGGUGCACCGGUCUUAUUUGUGA